AGCUCCUCUGUGUUAAUGAUUAUCCUCCUGCCGGCCUAUAUCUUAUCUCAGCUCUCUCAUUUAGUAUUGAGUCCUCAUUACAGCAACAGCAUAGAGGCAACGUCCACUUGCCAGCACAACUGGCCAAAGGGAUUUCAACCCCAUUAUGGACAUUUUCUCCUGAAGCACUCCUGUUAAAACUUCAACAAUGGCUGUUUCACGGCUCUACUCAUUCCUGUGGAUUACAGGCAUCGUGCUUGUGAGUGUUCUUCACAUGAGUCUGGGGUUGUUGUCUGACUACAAGAUCUGUGGAGACUCCGAGUGUGAAAGCCUGAUAAGCAGGGUGCAGGCCAUCAGGGACCACCGCGCCAAGGACUGCCGUUUCCUGAGCUUCAGAAAAGGAGACACCAUCUCUGUUUACCACAAACUGAGUGGACAGAGGGAAGACCUGUGGGCAGGGAGUAUUGACAAACAGUUUGGCUAUUUCCCAAAGGAUGCCGUGCAGGUGGAGCAAGUUUAUGCAGCUAAUGAGAAAGUUGUGGAAACACAGAGAUCUGAUUUCUUCUGUAUGGAUGAGUUUGGUUAUCCUAUCGACUCCAGUGAUCUGGACAGUGAUGAUGAAACUGAUAACCAGAAAAUCCAAAUCCAAGUAGCAGAAUCACAUAACAACGCCACAAUCGUUGAAAGUCCUUCAACGUCGGCGGAUCCCUCUACAGAAUUCCCAGUUUCAACUCAGCAAUCUGAAGACACAUCAACAGAAGGAAAUGAAAACAAUAACGCUGGUGAUGCUGCUGCAGGGACUCACAAGGAAGCACACGACAACCCUGCAGCUCUGAAUGUGCAAGGUGGGUCUCCAUCCUCUUCAUGGCUUGGUUCUUCCGUGACAGGAUGGUUGGGUCUGGGAAAAGAGGAGGAAUCUGUCAAUUUACCUGAUGAAGAGGAAGACGAAGGGAAAGAAUCACAAGCCCAAACUUCAACUUCAUCAGUGACAGGAUGGCUUUGGUUCGGAGAAGGAAAUACUGAUGAUGCUGUGAAACGCGGAGAAGACGAAACUAAAGAAACUGCUGAUUCUUACACUUCAGCCUUCACUGGAUGGCUUGGCUACGGAGGAGACACAAAAACAGAUUCCACCGAAAAGGAGCAGGAUGGCACAAGAGAAGUGAAGGAAGAAAAUGAACCAAAAGUAACAUUCAGGAGCAGGAGGAUGUCUCUGGACCUCGAGGGUAGCCAAUUGCACGAAGAAGAGGAGAAAGAGGUGCAGACAUUGGAUUGGUUAGGGAACGGACUGACACACACGCUGGGAUUUGGCGGGACCAAUCAGGAGUCAGAGCAGGAGAGAAAUGCUGAAAAGGAGGCUGAGAAGGCAAUUGAGGAAGAGGAGGAACAGCCUUCGUCUGGUUCUUGGUUUGGGAUUGGUGACAUUUUGGGAUUCGGGAAAAACAAGAAUAAAGUUGAUGAGCGUCAAGACGGUGGCUUUAAAGACACAGAAGAGAACAGAACCACAGAAGAAGAAACACUUUUAGAGUAUGUAGAUGCCAGUGAAACACAAGGAGAAGAGGAGCAAAAAGAGCCAGACGAAGAGCAACUGGAGGAAAAGCUUGAGACGGAAACAAUAACAGAAGAGGGAGAUAAUAGUGUUAAUAGCAGCUCCAACAAAGACACGGUUCUUAUUUCUGAGCCAGAAGCCGUGUCUACCACCUCAUCGCUGGAUGAAGACGAGAGUACAAAAUCGGAAAUCAAUCUAGGGCCUGAGCUCAGUUCUGUGGAUUUAAAUUCAGACUCUACUGCUCAAUCUGUUGGUGAGGCUGAGGAAGAUGAAAAAGAUAAGCAGCAAAGAGAGACAACAGAUAGAGGGGGAGAGGAAGAGGGUGAUGAGUCAAUGGAAGAGGAAAAGCAGGAGAAAAUGGGGGUAAAGCCAAGUGUAAACCAGAAUGGAUUACAAGAGGUGGGAGAGAUACAGGUAGAGGAGUUACAGCAGGAAAAACAACAGGAGGAGACGCUGGAAGAUGCAGUGGAGUUAAAAGAAGAAGAGAAGCAGCAGGCAGUGAAAGAAAUACAAGAAGAAGGGAAACAGGAAGAGAUGGAGGAAUUAAACAAGGUGGAAGAAAUAGAUGGAGAGGAAAGGAAGAAGUUAAUAGAGGUGAUGAAAGAAAAGGACAAACAGCGGAUCGAGGAGUUAAAGGACGACAACAAAAGAGAGGAGGGGGAGGAGGCUAAGGAAGAGAAUAAACAGGAGGGUGUAGAGGGGUUAAAGGAGGAGGAAGAGUUCAAAGAUGAGGGGAAAAGAGAGGAGGAGGAAGUAAAGGAAGGAAAGAAACAGGCGGAUGUAGAGGGGUUGAAGGAGGAGGAAGAGUUAAAAGAUGAGGAGAAAAGAGAGGAGGAUGAGGAAGUAAAAGAAGAGAAGAAACAGGGUGUAGAGGGGUUAAAGGAGGAGGGAGAGUUAAAGGAAGAAGAGAAAAGACAGGAGGAGGUGAAGGAGUUUAAGGAUGAAGAGAAAAGGGAGGAGGAAGUGGACGCGUUUAGGGAUGAAGAGAAACGAGAGGCAGAGUCAGAGGAGUUAAAGGAAGAAGAGAAAAGAGAGGAGCUGGAGGACUCAAAGGAUGAAGAGAAAAAAGAGGAGGAGUCAGCUGAGUUAAAGGAAGAAGAGAAAAGAGAGGAGGUGGAGUUAAAGGACGAAAAUAAUAGAGAGGAGUCAGAGGAGUUAAAGGAUGAAAAGAAUAGAGAGGAGGAGUCAGAAGAGUUAAAGGAAGAAGAAAAAAGAGAGGAGUUGGAGGAUUUGAAGGAUGAAGAGAAAAGAGAGGAGGAGGUGGAGGAGUUAAAGGAUGAAGAGAAAAGAGAGGACGAGUCAGAGGAGUUAAAGGAUGAAAAGAAUAGAGAGGAGGAGUCAGAGGAGUUAAAUGAAGAAGAGAAAAUAGAGGAGGAGUCAGCUGAGUUAAAGGAAGAAUGGAAAAGAGAGGAGGUGGAGUUAAAGGACGAAAAUAAUAGAGAGGAGUCAGAGGAGUUAAAGGAUGAAAAGAAUAGAGAGGAGGAGUCAGAAGAGUUAAAGGAAGAAGAAAAAAGAGAGGAGUUGGAGGAUUUGAAGGAUGAAGAGAAAAGAGAGGAGGAGUCAGAGGAGUUAAAGGAAGAAGAGAAAAGAGAGGAGGUGGAGGAGUCAAAGGAUGAAGAGAAACAAGAUGAGGAGUCAGAGGAGCUUAAUGAAGAAACGAAAAGAGAGGAGAAGGUGGAGUUGAAGGAUGAAGAGAAAAGAGAGGAGGAGUCAGAGGAGUUGAAGGAUAAAAUAAAGCAGCAGGAGGUAGAGGAACUACAAGAAAAGCGGGAGCAGGAAGGGAUAGAGGAGUUAAAGGUGAAGAAGAGACAGGAGGAAAAAGAUGAGGAAAGGUUAAUGGAGGAGGAAGAGAAACAGGAGAAAACUGAGCUAAAGAGGGAGAAAAAGCAGGAGGAAGUGGAGGGGUCGAAAGAGGUAGAGAAAAAACAUGAGGGGGAGGAGGCAAACAAGGAGAAGAAACAGGACAUUGUGGAGGAGAUUCAGAAAGAGGUGAUAAGAGAAGAGCCAAAGGAGGUAAAAGAGGAGAGUAAGCUCAAGGAAGAAGCAAAACAGGAGGAGUUAAAGGAGGCAGAGGAAAUAAAUGGAGAGGAAAAGAAGAAGGAAAUAGAUGAGAUUAAAGAAAGGGAUAAAAAGGAGGAAGUUGAGCUGUUAAAGCAGGGGGAGGAAGAAAAGCAGAAGGAAGGAGAAGAGUUAAAGGAGGAGGUGGGGGAGCUAAAGGAGGAAGAGACAAGAGAGGAGGUAGAGGAAGAAAAAGAGGAGAAGAAACAGAAGGAGGAUGCAAAAGAAGAGAAGAGCAAGGUGGAAUUAGAGGAGUUCAAUGAGGAAAGAAAGGCGGAGGAAGAAGAGGUGGAGGAAGAGAAAAGGGAGUUUGAGGAAAGUCAGCAGGUGAAUUACGUUGAAGGGGAGAGGAGGGACAAAGAGGAAGAGGAGGGCCUUAAAUGUGUAAAUGAGCUUUGUCCUCAAGCUACUGAUGAUGAAUCUGUGACUGACAAUAUCUCUGAAGAUGGAGUGAGCUCAGCAGACGGAGGUGAAACCCAGAGAGGAAGUGAAAAGAAUCACAUAGGAGAGAUUCAGACAAGGGUUUCUGAGGAAACAAAGAGAGACGUAAUAAGACAGGAAGAAGAUGGUUUGGACGUUUAUAAGACACAAGACAUUGAACUGCCAAAUUUAGGAGAAGACAGAGAAGAGGGUCUAUCGUAUCCUCAUGAUCCAAAAAACCAAGAUCUCUGUCAGGGUAAUGAUACUGAGUCCAAAGAUGCUGAAACUAGCAGCGAUGGAAUUUCCAAUGAGAGGAAACCAAAGCAAAUACAGUCAAAUACAGAUCAUGAGACUGAUGAUGUGGGGAAUGAGAGCUCUGAUUCACAGAUGAACGAGUCUGUUGAAAGUCAGACCUCUGAACAAACUGCGGCCCAUGUGUCUGAAGAACCUGCUGGAUCCUCACUUCCGCCCGAAGAUCUCCACACGAGAGCAGCAGAGACUGGAAAUGGAGGAGCUUUCGGCCUUUUUAAAAACGCCUUUAGCUAUUUAAGCCAAACACGUGACACUGAAACAGGGGAUGGUGUUGAUUCUGGUUUGGAGACAAAUACAGGUGAGACGUCUCAGCCACAAGCUCCUCAGGUCUAUGAACAGGAAGUAAACUCCAACACUGAUUCGAAUCAGAUUUAUACACAAGAUCGUCCAGGCGCCAUGGCCACAGAGCAGCCACAGCCUCCCCCUUCCUCUGCCAGCAUCCAGACAUCACCCGUGUCUCAUCCCCAUACCCCAUCUCUGCACACACCUUUCCUCUCCAAGCACUACACAAACCUCCCCGCCUAUAUGACGGUGGAGGAGGUGAAUGUUUUGACGGAGCUCUUUGGGCGACACAAGCUCCAGUUUUUAGACUACAUGUUGGGGAGCUCAGAAACCGUGGCUGCGGGGCCUGAUGAAUCUAUAUUGUCAGAUAUAGAAAGACUUCUACAUCAUCACAGGGAGACCCUGACGUCUCCUAGCAUGAGACUCGCAGAUGCUCCACAGGAGGACAAGGAAAAAACCAGGAUGCUCAUCGCUCUUCAAAAACUAGAGACGCUGAUCACAAGAGUGAGAGAGACUUCCAGCACAGGAAAAUCAGACAGUAGCAAAGGAAAGCAUCAAGCCGAGGCCAGCUGUGUCGGUUCAUCUUGUUCAACUCACAGCAAAGAUCCCAAAAUGAGCCCUGUGGACGACUCAAGGAAGACAGAGGACACUUCUGUAGCCGCGGAUAACAUCCAGAGUGAUGACAUGACGGAUGUGGGGAAUGAUGGAAAAGAGAGGGAUGAGAAAAGAGAAAAGAAUAAUGAUGGAUGUGGGGAAGAGUGUCCUGAGAAUCAGUUAGGAUCACCGCCGUCCCAGGAAGGAGUAAUGGAGCAAAUUCUGGACUUUGUUCAUCAGAUCGGUGAAGAAUCAGUACAUCAUGCUCAUGCAGUGAGGGAGCGUCUCACAUGGAUUGCACAGGUUGUGUCGUCACUGCCUGAUGACAUCAGACCCGGGCCAGACCUGUAUGGCGUACCGUGGGAACCAGUCAUCGUCUCCAGUUUGGUGGGACUGGUGACAGUGUUGCUGUUCACCUGUAGAUGUUAUAGCUCUGUCAAAAGCAGAAUGUAUCGAAGUAAAGAGCAUUGGAUGGCAGCACAGGUUACACAGUUGCUUGAUGAGAAGUGUAAAGUUCUUGAGACUCUUAGUAAAUGUCAACAAGAGUAUGAUGAACUGGAGGACUCACUCAGGGACAGUGGUGUGUUGGCCCAAACUCAAAAGACAGAACAUCUGGAGAUGAAAGCUGGACAGUUGGAAAAUGCUAAAAAAGAGCUUGAAAGGGAUCUCGACCAUCUAAAGGAUCAACUGGACCAGCAGAAACAACAUAAGAAAGAACAAGAAAGAAGGAUAGCAGUGCUUGAGGAGAGCAUGGCAACAUUUGAAGAAGAAUCCAAAGACCUCCAGUCACAAGAAGAACAGGCACAAACUACUCUGAAAAUUUACAGUAUGAACAGUGAGAGAUUACAAAGGAACCUUGAAACAGUGGGAGAGGAGAACACACUGCUACAAGAGAGCAAUGCUCAGCUGAGGCAGCAGGUGGAGGGAUGGGCAGAAAGAGUGAAUGAGUUGGAGGCAGAGAUGCAGAGGUGUGAGGUCACAUUCAGCGGGAUGCAGCAGGAUGUGGUCAAUAAGGAUGAGCGUAUAAUGUCGUUGACAGACUGCCUGCUGAAGAUGAAGGCUUGGGAUUCGGAUCUUGAGGAAGAGGAAGGAGCAGAGAAGGAGACGUCCAAUGGCGCUCGGGGAAAAGAAAAGGAGAAUGGAAGAGGGGGCGUAACGGACCCACAAGGUCAUUUCCAGAAAGUCCAAAUGCUCAUUUAUGCUGCUAAGCUUAACGCCGACCUCAAAUCAGUAGAUGAAGACAAGGACAGAGUAUUUGCCAAACUGAAUGAUGAAGUAAAAGCUAAAGAAGACCUUCAAGUGAGCAUUAAAGAGCUGGAGAAUGAGAAACUAUCUCUGCACUCAGAUGCGGAACACUACUCGGAUCAGGUCCAACGAUUACAACAGAAGCUCCAGAUUAUGACAGAAAUGUACCAGGAGAAUGAGCUGAAGCUGCACAGACUGCUGACAGUAGAGGAGAAGGAGCGCCUGCAAAAAGAAGAAAAGUUAAAUAAAGCUGACAAAAACAUUGCAUUGGCCAUGGAAGAACUCAACAACUACAGGCAACGAGCAGAAGAGAUGGAGGAAGAGCUGGAUAAAUCCAAACAGGCUUACCAUACUCAGAUAUCAGCCCAUGAGAAGAAGGCUCACAACAACUGGCUUGCAGCUCGAGCAGCAGAAAGAGAUCUAACAGACAUCAGGAGAGAGAAUGCCCUCAUGAGACAGAAGCUGACAGACACACAGUUCAAACUAGACGCCCUUGACAAAGAUCCAUAUGCUUUGGACAGUCUGGCCAGACCAAUGCCUUUCAGGGCUGAAAGGUCACCAUAUGGUCCUUCUCCUCUGGGUCGACCAGGAUCUGAAACCAGAGCUUUUCUUUCUCCUCCUACAUUGAUGGAUGGACCAUCUCCUCGAUUGUCUCCUAGAGUCGGCCGUGGUCAUAUGGAGCCCCCAGGUGGCCAUGGGGACAUGGAGCGGAGUGGAGGGCCUCACUCAGACAGUGGCUCAAUCUCUCCCACAUGGGACAGAGAUCGCAGGGGACCCCCGCCAGGACCCCACGGGCCCCCUGGGCCCCUAGGACCUCCAGGCUAUAUGUUCCCAGAACCAGGAGGUCCCAUGUACAGGAGACCUCCUCCUGGCCCUCCUCCUCCCCAUCUCAGGGGGUUCCCACCUGCUGGUCCACCAGGACCUCCACGCCCCACAGACAUGCCAGAUGGCUUGUAUAGAGACAACAGCCUUGGACCUGGUGAACAGGAAUACAGAGAGUCUGGUCCUGGUGAUCGAAGGACACCCCCUGAAGCAGAUCUAAGGAUGGGGGGCCCUCCCCCACCUGGAGCCCCAAUGGGCCCCAUGGAUGGUCCCUUUCCUCGUAGAGGUCCCUAUGGACCCCCACCUCCUGACUUCUACCCUCCCAGGGGACCAGGGGGCCCUUCCAUGAUGCCUAGGUGGGCACCUCCACCUCAGGGGAUGAUGUUCCCUCCUCGUUUUCCUACCGGGGGACCUCCUCAUGGCCCAGCUCCUCAUCCUCACUAUGCUCCCCCCAUGCGGCCCCUUCCACCUGACGGCUUCCAUCCUCCCUCCAUGGGUCCUCCUCCUCCUCCUCAACAGUCCCUCCCCUCGCCACCACACAGCCAGUCACCAGAAGAGCACAGACCCUCACCUGAAGAUGCAAUUUGAUCCUGAGCAGCUUUCUACUUAAGCUGUGAGAUGAGGCAUUUCAAGUUCAAAUCAAAUGCAGUGGUAUGGAUGGCGGGCAGGUUGCAGUUUACCACUGUUGCAUAUUUAACAUAUGGAAUGAAUAGUGUUACAGACAGGAAACAUCAGUCUUCGUCAGCCUGUUUGGUUGUUGUCUGUCUACAUUGACUCCUUUUUUCAUCCUUUUCUCUCUUUCUUCUGCCUUCUUUCAUUUUGUUUUUACCGCUCUCUGUUCCAUCGUCAUCGAAAUACUUUCUCAUUGUGGUCUUCCUCUUAUUGUGGAGUGGUGGUGAAAGCAAUCUAUGCCUAAUCUGUAUGGAUGUGUGUGGGACAAUGUUGCCACAUGACCUAGAAACAAACUGAGCUUGAUGAUGGCAGAUCGGUUUUUAAUGUGACUUGAAAUGUGUGCAUGUAGAGAUGCUGAAUGUGGCGGAGAAAAAAAUGUUUAACGAAUGGAACCAGUCAACAUUUCAUCCUGAUGGGACAGAAAUCUUAAUGAUCCUGAGCUGUCGGGAACGAAAUGUAAUUUCACCGCCUAAUACCCUUUAUUUCUUGUGACAACAUUCUUGCAAUUGUCACCAUGAAUUUUUAAAAUUAGUCAUUUAGUAUCUGCGUUGUUGACCUGGAUUGAACUACACAAAAACUACGGAUCCCACCAGGUCUUAUUUUAUCUGUGACUGGACCGAGGUUGAUCUAAAACUCUCUUCAAUUUUCCCCCAGAGGUCAAAUGAAAGUUUUCUUAAAUUAUAAUUUCAACGAGUAACUUAAUUUCCCUGAGUUUCCUGCGGGACUUGGAGGAUUCUGAGCAUCAGGUGAUUCUUGUUACAAUGAAUUGCAUGUGACCCAUGCUUGAAAACAAUUGUGGCUUUAAGAAGAGACUUGUGUGUUUUGUCGAGGUUGAGACUCAUUGUGUAACAUACUGGUAAAUAAAAUGGAGUGAUCAGAAGAGAAAGCAUGCACCCAUGUGAAUUUUGUAAAAAAGCGAUUAUUAAUAGAUGAAUAAAGACUCAAAUUGUCAAUGUC